UCCCCCCACUGAGCCCCAACCCUCACCUCCCCUGGUAGUGGGGCUCAGUGCAGACAGGGGAAGAAUUGAAAGGACCCUUCAGUUUAGACCCCAGAUUAUCUCCUAAGCAGAUACCCCCUUUUGAACUGGGGAUGUAGGGCUUGGAAACUAGAAAAUGCCAGGUCUCAAAGAGAGGAAAGAACAAGCCCAGCAAUACACAGAGCUCUGUGUAUUCAGAGGGAAGUUGGCAAGGCUGUGCUCGGGCAGAGAAACUCCGAGUGGUACAAAGGGACGUGCCCAGAGUGAAGAAAUCAUGCUAAUUGUCUGCACCAGAACUGGAGAACGCCACCCAAAAUGAAGAGAGAAAGGGGAGCUCUGUCCAGAGUGUUCAGUGCCCUGAGCCUCACGCCUUUUGUCUACCUUCUUCUGAUGCAGACAGAGCCCCUGGAGGGGGUGAACGUCACCAGCCCGGUGCGCCUGAUCCACGGCGCGGUGGGGAAGUCAGCCCUGCUCUCCGUGCGGUACAGCAGUAGCAGCUCUGACAAGCCUGUGGUGAAGUGGCAGCUGAGGCGGGACAAGCCAGUGACCGUGGUGCAGUCCAUCGGCACGGAGGUCAUCGGCACCCUGCGGCCUGACUACCGGGACCGCAUCCGCCUCUUCGAAAACGGCUCCCUGCUUCUCAGCGACCUGCAGCUGGCCGAUGAGGGCACCUACGAGGUCGAGAUCUCCAUCACCGAUGACACCUUCACCGGCGAGAAGACCAUCAACCUCACUGUGGACGUGCCCAUUUCGAAGCCGCAGGUGUUAGUGGCUUCGACCACUGUGCUGGAGCUCAGCGAGGCCUUCACCCUGAACUGCUCGCACGAGAAUGGCACCAAGCCCAGCUACACCUGGCUGAAGGACGGCAAGCCCCUCCUCAAUGACUCGCGAAUGCUCCUGUCCCCUGACCAAAAGGUGCUCACCAUCACCCGCGUGCUCAUGGAGGAUGAUGACCUGUACAGCUGUGUGGUGGAGAACCCCAUCAGCCAGGGCCGCAGCCUGCCGGUCAAGAUCACCGUAUACAGAAGAAGUUCCCUCUACAUCAUCUUGUCCACAGGGGGCAUCUUCCUUCUUGUGACCUUGGUGACAGUCUGUGCCUGCUGGAAACCCUCCAAAAAGUCUGGGAAGAAGAGAAAGCUAGAGAAGCAAAACUCCCUGGAAUAUAUGGAUCAGCAUGAUGACCGCCUGAAAGUAGAAGGUGAGCCCCCAGCAUCCCACUCACCCAUCCCGUCAUCAUUCAGAUCAGUGGGCUGCUGGGAAAGGGCAGAACUGGACGACAAGGAAGCCAGCUCUGCAGGGCCCCUUCCUCCACCAAUUGCACGAAGACUGCAGAGCAGGGAGAGGAGCGGCCAAGAUACCCUCCCACGAAGUGGAGAGCAUGAGCGGAAGAACCCCAUGGCGCUCUAUAUCCUGAAGGACAAGGACUCCCCGGAGCCCGAGGAGAACCCUCCCCCGGAGCCUCGGAGCGCGUCAGAGCCCGGCCCGCCCGGCUACUCCGCGUCGCCAGCAGUGCCCGGCCGCUCGCCGGGGCUGCCCAUCCGCUCUGCCCGCCGCUACCCGCGCUCCCCGGCGCGCUCCCCGGCCACCGGCCGGACGCACACGUCGCCGCCCCGGGCCCCGAGCUCCCCGGGCCGCUCGCGCAGCGCCUCACGCACACUGCGGACUGCGGGCGUGCCCCUGAUCCGCGAGCAAGACGAGGCCGGCCCGGUGGAGAUCAGCGCGUGAGCCGUCUCGGGGCCCCCGAGGCACCCGCGCGCGGCGGCCAGCGGACCGGGGAGGGCGGGAAGCGGGGCUCCGGCCGCCGGGGCCAAGGGGGGGCGCGGUGUGCCGCGUG